CGUUGAGACCACAUCCUGGACUUUAAUGCCUGAACUUUUAUUUUUAUAAAGUCAUUCUUCAAACAAAAACAGGCAACUUUAAAUAGCUACAAUGGAUGUAGACGAGUUUCGUGUACGGGGUAAAGAAAUGGUUGAUUAUAUUUGUACGUAUAUGAAUACGUUGCGGAAGAGGCGCGUGACCCCCUCUGUGGAACCGGGUUAUCUUCGAGCUGCACUUCCAUCAGAGGCUCCUAUGCAUCCUGAGCCUUGGGACGAUGUAAUGGGUGAUAUAGAAAGCAAAAUAAUGCCCGGUGUAACUCACUGGCAACAUCCUCAUUUCCACGCUUAUUUUCCGGCGGGUAAUGCCUACCCCUCUAUUCUUGGUGACAUGCUGUCGGCGGGAAUUGGCUGUAUAGGAUUCUCUUGGGCAGCCAGUCCAGCCUGUACAGAGUUGGAAGUCAUUAUGUUAGAUUGGAUGGGUAAAGCUAUUGGAUUGCCUCCAGCUUUUCUGCCCUUCGAAGAAGGUAGUAAAGGCGGUGGCGUUAUUGAGGGGUCAGCUAGCGAGUGCGUCCUUGUGUCAAUGCUCGCCGCGAGGGCUGCCGGUAUCAAACGGUUGAAGCAUCAAUUUCCCACCGUUGAUGAGGGUCUCUUGCUGUCCAAGCUAAUCGCAUAUUGUUCGAAAGAGGCCCACUCUUGCGUCGAAAAGGCCGCUAUGAUUAGCUUCGUUAAACUUCGCAUCUUACAACCUGACGAGCACGGUUGCUUAAGAGGCGAAACUUUAAAAGAAGCCAUGGAAGAAGACGAAGAAGCUGGUUUAGUGCCGUUUUUCGUAGCGACUACACUAGGCACCACAUCCUGCUGUUCCUUCGACAAUUUACCUGAAAUAGGACCAGUGGUCCGGAAAUUUCCUUCCGUUUGGCUUCACGUCGACGCCGCGUAUGCGGGCAGCUCAUUUCUCUGUCCCGAACAUAAAUAUCAUCUGGCAGGAAUCGAAUAUGCAGAUUCAUUCAACACUAAUCCGAAUAAACUAUUGCUUACCGCAUUUGAUUGUUCUUUGCUAUGGGUAACAAAUAAAUACCUACUGACAUCAGCUCUUGUAGUGGAUCCAUUGUAUCUGCAACACUGCUACGAUCACACUGCAAUUGAUUAUCGCCACUGGGGUAUACCAUUGAGCCGUCGAUUUAGAUCGCUCAAGUUGUGGUUCAUGUUGAGAAGUUACGGAAUAAGCGGUUUGCAGAAAUACGUCCGACGACACUGCGAACUUGCGAAGUAUUUUGAGCAGUUAGUUAGGAAGGACUCAAGGUUCGAAGUGGUUAACCAAGUGAAGUUGGGAUUGGUUUGCUUUCGGCUUCUGGGAAGUCCUGAUGAAAAUCACCAAACGGUCGACGAAUUGAACAAAAAAUUAUUAACUACUAUGAAUGCCUCGGGGAAGAUCCACAUGGUCCCAGCUUCUGUCCGCGAUCAAUAUGUGAUUCGUUUUUGUGUUGUUUAUCAACACGCCACGCGUGAAGAUAUUGAGUAUGCAUGGGAUACCAUUACUGACUUCGCUACAGAACUGUUAGAAGGACCUGACAAAGAGAGGGAUUUGAACGAAGAAAGGGCUCGUCGCCACCGCGCUGCUUUAGCCCACAAGCGCUCGUUCUUCGUCCGCAUGGUUAGCGACCCGAAGAUCUACAACCCGGCCAUUAACAAAACUCCGCCACCCAUGCCUACCAGCCCCGGCACUCCGCCGUCCGUGGCGCCUGCUUCGCCCGACACGCCCUCUGAAACUGGUUCUAUUCAACUUGUACCAUCUACACCAAAACAAUCAUCUUGGAUAAGCUGGCCACUUGCUUUCUUCUUUCAAAGCGUUGAUCAUGACGCCAAUGAUUUGCCCCUGAGGUUCCGUCACCUCGACACGAUGGUACGACUGAAGAGUCCCAACCAUGGUCGCCGCGGAUCUUCGCCAGGCGCCUCCCCUGAGCGCCGUGCACCCUCUCCCUCCGCAAACUGACUGCGCUUAUACUAUCGGUGUUGAAUAUAAUAUACUACAUUAUCAAUAAA